UGCCGCCGGCCGCUCGCGCCCAGGAACAGCCGUCUUGCCGCGGCGCCUUCGACCUGUAUUUCGUCCUGGACAAAUCCGGGAGUGUAGGGAACAACUGGACUCAAAUCUUUGACUUUGUCAAGAAGCUGACGGACAGAUUUGUGAGCCCGCGGAUGCGAUUAUCUUUCAUCGUGUUUUCCACCCAAGCGCAGGUCAUUAUGCCAUUAACAGGAGACAGGAGGAAAAUUCAAGAAGGUCUCAAAGCGCUAAGUACAGUUAAGCCAACAGGUGACACGUACAUGCACGAAGGAUUGAAAGAGGCAAACCAACAGAUUGAAAAGGUGCGAGAUCAGAAGUCCAGCAGCAUCAUCAUUGCUCUGACAGAUGGACUACUGCCUGAUAGGGUUCCACACUAUACAGAAUUGCAGGCGCACAAAUCCAGGGAAUUGGGAGCAAGAGUUUACUGUGUUGGAGUCCUCAAUUUUGAUCAGGCUCAGCUCGAAAGAAUUGCAGAUUCAAAAGAGCAAGUCUUCCCUGUCGUUGAUGGAUUCCAAGCCCUCCAAGGGAUAAUUAAUUCUAUACUGAAGCAAUCGUGCACAGAGAUUUUGAAUCUGGAGCCCUCAAGUGUUUGUGUAGGAGAGGCGUUCCAGGUUGUUCUCAGAGGAAGCGGCUUCACGCUGGGCAGGACGCAAGACAGUGUCAUCUGCAGUUACUUUGUGAACGAAACCAUACGGAAUGAAAAGCCCAUAAAGGUGGAAUCUAAUUAUAUGCUCUGUCCAGCACCCGUUCUAUAUGAAGUUGGCGAACAGCUUGAGGUUUCGGUCAGUUUGAAUCAGGGGCAGAGCCUAAUCUCCAGCUCUUUAACAAUCACUGCAACGGAAUGUGCAAAUGGAGUCAUUGCCGUUAUAGUUAUUCUCGUGCUGUUGCUCCUGGCGGCUCUAGCUCUCUUCUGGUGGUUCUGGCCUCUGUGUUGCAAAGUGGUAAUUAAGGAUCCUCCUCCGCCUCCACCUGCUCCAAAAGAGGAAGAAGAAGAAGAGGAUCCCUUCCCCACAAAAAAAUGGCCAACGGUGGACGCUUCUUAUUAUGGUGGACGAGGAGUUGGAGGGAUUAAAAGAAUGGAGGUUCGCUGGGGUGAUAAAGGAUCGACUGAGGAAGGCGCCCGGCUAGAGAAAGCCAAAAACGCCGUGGUCACUCUCCCUGAAGAAAUGGACGAACCGUACCAACCGAGACCACCCAAACCCAAACCUACCUCACAGACUCCUCAGACCAAGUGGUACACGCCAAUUAAGGGUCGACUCGACGCACUGUGGGCUUUGCUGAGGCGGCAGUACGACAGGGUGUCUUUGAUGCGACCGCAGCAAGGAGAUGAGGGUCGAUGCAUUAACUUCACCCGAGUACAGUCUCAGUAAGGGAAUGCCAAAAGAUGAAAAGCCAUCGACGCUAGAUUAUAACCAAAGGAAGACAAUGAAGCGCUUCUACCAAAAGCU